UCGAUCUCCUCGGAGUACUGAGUACUCUCGCAGCAGCGCCGCGCCCACCCACUAGAUCAGUCGCCGCCGACGAUCAACAAUCAGUCACAAUCAGAGCGGUCAGGAGUCCUCACCGUCAGGAUCUCCGAAAGACUUAGACCUCCGUCACGUGGGUAUCGGACACAACGUGCGUUCAGGAUAUUUUCAAUAUCUUAGUUUCCAACGGGUUUUCAAUAUUUCCCUCGUCUAAUUUUGAAACGCGUUCCAUUUUCAAGAGUUAUCUUGAGAUUACUUUAUUUUAUGGACUUCACUCCUACAGUGCCAAAAUUUUGGGAUUUGACUCUUUAUUCUAUCAACGAAGUGUCUUUUCAAAAGUGAAACAGCUCCCGCGACUCAGAAUUUUCUUCAGGAAUAAUUAAGUGAAAUUUCAGAGUCUUCUUGUGCUGUGGUGCGAACCAGUGGUAAAGCAAACUGACAAUCUGACAGUAUUUUGGAUAAUUCUCAUCGUUCUCAUCACAGCGGUACGUGCUGUGGACUUCUUGACCCUUCUGUCUGCAGGCUCCGCACAUCUCAUCUAUAAUGCUGUCGUGGGGGAGGACGGUGAUCGAGGGGCUGUUUGGUCUCCUGCUCUGCAUUCCCGUUUACCUAGUCGUCAAGUUCAGCCGGCUCCACAAGCGAUGGGCCAAGCACGGAAUCGUCGGCCAUGACACGAACCUCCUCGUCCAUGCUUGGUUCCGCCGCAACCACCUUAGCUACUCCACGAUCGACACCAUCUACAAGCGUUUCAUCAACGAGAAAUGCGUGGGACUCCACCAGGGGCUGAAACCGGUCCUCAUGGCCAUCAACACCAAGCUCAUCGGCAGCAUCUAUGAGAACGUCGGCGUCAAAUUCUCUAAAAUUACGCACAACGAUAACAAUAGACUCAGGUUAGUAUUAGAGAAGGAUGAACCCUGCACGGAGGAGCUCGAGAAGGGACCGAUUUACAAAAACGAUGACUCAGAGAUAGAACCAAGCGUCCCGAGCUUGUUGAACGGUGAGAACUCGGAGGCGAUCUACCAGACAACGUUCCACUGCAGCAACGAACUGCGGAUGUCGCUGGAGGCCCGCGCCCACGAGAAUCGUAUCAUAGACAUCGUCGAAGAAAUAGAGCGCCUUAAGUUGGACCUCAUCGGCGUCACCUUCUUCGGCCUCACCUUCGGAAGGAUUCGUCAACCCAAAUUUAGGUUCAAGGAGAACGUGAGCAAACUGUCGACGCCGGUCUCGCUGAUGGACAGGAUCAUGGGAGCCAUCGGGAAGGAUGCGGGAUCGGCGCGGAGAAACGCGGAGAUGCUCGACUAUUUCGUGAAGCUCUACUACGACUGUUUGAAUGGACCGGCUUCCACCUUCUCACCUCGCUCCUCGCACAAAACAUUUCCGGCACUUGUACAUUCAGACGAUCUCCUUUCCGUCCCUGGAUCUCUAACCACAGAAGAAAUCGUGAAUUCAAUUAUGCUAUUCAUUCAAGAGCACAUGGAAAGAAUUCACUCGGCCUUGACAUUCGCGCUGUACGAAGUAUCGGUCAAUCCUGAGGUCCAGUUGAACAUAAUCGAGGAGAUUAACCGAACAAUGAAACACACCGAUGAUGAUAAAAUUCCGCUCGAGCACUUACACAGUAUGAAAUAUUUGGACCAAGUAGUUUUAGAAACUUUGCGGAAAUAUCCUGUCUCCGGUUUGAUGUCAACCAGAUGCACAGAAUCCUACAAGACUGAUCAACUAGAAAUAGAAGAAGGAAUGGAUGUGCUCCUACCUAUCCUUUCCAUCCAUCACGAUCCCCACCAUUAUCCCAGACCAGACUCCUUCGAUCCUCAAAGGUUCGCAGCGUGCAGUCUAAAUGAUGUCUCACAAGUCCCUCUCAUGGCUCAACAGAUCCAAGAUAUCGGUGGAAAUUACGGCGUGACAAUAAUGAAACUGACUUUGGCACUAUUGGUGAGGGACUAUCGGCUACAGAGGUGCAGGCAAACCCCGGAAAGUCCUGUCUCGAUGAAUCAGCAAACCUCAAUCUGCCUGAAACCAGUCAGUUGCAUACCGGUGCAGAUCAGCAGUCGAUCACCAGAAAAAGGCUUCUUCCCGCACAUAGUCAAUCGCUCCGGCUGAGCCCCAGAUCAAUUGGACUUAUCUCUACUAAACGGAACUAUGUGCAUCAAGACAUGAGUCCUGAGACCCAUAAGAAUAUUCGUAUGCAUAACAGGACUCGCGUUAUAAGCACAUAGUUCCGUUUGGCAGAAAUAUAUACGUCCAAUUUCAAUUCCAAAGUUAACCCCCUCUUUUCCGUCUUCAAGAAAAGGGAUCGGUCCUGAGUGCAACUGAAUCAGUGCAUCGUGAAAACGACAUACGCAACUCAAGAAAGUGGCGACAACGAAAAAAAAAACUUAUUAGGUUCGUGGCAUUUGAAUCGUUUCUCUAAAAGAAGUGAUGGCGAAGGUAAAAAAUCGUUGGAUUUUUUUGUCCGAGAAAUUUAAGCAUAAAACAACUUCAGAGAUAAGUCAUCUUCUCAAUUAUAUGUAUGAGGUAGACAUUCUAAAGACUUCAAGAAGAGUUGAAAGGAAAAACAUCAGUCAGGAGAAAAAUUGCAAAGCUAAGUCCGAAAAAUCACUUAUCUAGAUUCGACACAUUUUUUAAAUUUACAGAGGUGUAUCGUUUCUAAACUCGCUGAUUCAAUUGGGCUGCUCUUAGAAAAAUGGGGCAUUUUUUUGGAAAGUAAAAGACCUGCUUGUUAGUUGAUUGGCGGAGCACUCAAUUAAAUGGACAGUUUUAAUUCACGUCUGAUCGGUUAAUCUCUGUAAAUUAAAUUACUCUUGUCCUUAAUACGAAGAGAAAUUAACUGGCAUCUGACCUUCUCAAACAAAUAAACGGGAAUGGCAAUUUGACAUCAUAGUAGUUAAACUGAUUAUGUGUCAACUUUUGAUUGCUGAGUAACCUCCUCCUGUUGUCAUAUGCACAAUCAGCAUUACUAAAUUUAACUCAGAACUGGUAUGUGAGGUUGACUAGAGGUGGGAGGGUGAUUUGGAUUAGUAUCGAUCCUGGAGUCAUUGAAAAUUCUUCUACAUUCGUAAUGGUAAAAUGCACCAUUUUUCAGUGUGUGACUUAAGUUGGCUCUUUUUUGCCCGCCAUGAUGAAAACAGGGGCUAUUUCAACAUAUGUAUAUUUUGUACUGCGUGAACGGUGAUUUACGUUGUAAAUUUGAUCCCUUUGAUCAAAGAUAAGUUUACAAAAAAUGUCGAAGUUUAAAAUUGGCGGGUAUAAUAUUUUCCUUAUUUAAAUUUAAAAGUCUAUCAGACUAUCUGAACGAGCAGGCCACUUUUCUGUCAAAUAUUUUGGUCCCUGUUUAUACCCGCCGCUUAAUUCAAACAUGAUUUUUCGAGUGUUUUUUGAUAAAAAUGUUUUAAAAUAAUUUUUUUUACACAUACUUAUUUUUUUCUUUUUAUUAGAGGAACGUAAAUUCCUCAAGGGCUUUCAUAGAGGCUGUUAAUCAUAAAGUUAAUUUGUACUCUCAAAAUAUGCAUUUUAUUUCUUUUCGAUAUGAAUGUAUCUCUGUUAUUACAUUAUAAUUAUAAAUAUAAUUUACCAUUGAAUAUAAA